ACACGGCAAUGUGAAGAAGAACGUUGUGGCCGCCAAAUGCUGGACCUCGCGGAUGUCAAUCGGCCGUGAAAUGUCCUGCGAAUUGACAUGCGCCUGAUCCUCUCCGCGUCGAUGGCGCAGCCUUGAGAAUUUCAGCUGCACUUUGUUUUCCUUGCUUCUUCUUGGACCUUUAAAGCGCGAGAUGGCAAAGGCGCGAGAGCGACUAGAAACAAAACAAUGUGGUUGUGUUUGAUCUUUUGUUCGAAGUCGGAGUAGCAUCAGAGUCAUGUUUUAACAAAGCACCAGAAUUCCAUUCGUGCAUCCUUCGACAAACAGGGCAGGUAUGAGUUUCUAAGAGAUUGCUGGACCCACAAAUCCCAAGUUUAGGAAAAUGAGGUUCUUUGCUUAUUGAAGUCGUCUCAAGUGGGGAUUCAGAUCGUUGCAGAUAGGAAUGUAUUCGGGAACAUAAUCACCCGGUCGUCACAGGAAAUAGUUUACUGUUCCCCAAGUUCAAGAUUCGCACGCUGUGUUCUUGACGACUUACAGAAUGUGGCGAGUCGAAAAGUACAUGUGGUUUUAGCACAGACUGGAGAACUAAAUGUACCACUAUUGAGACCAGGACAGUCGAAUGAAUGUUUUGAAAUCGUUUUCUCAGCUUCACUUCAUUCUCUGCUCAUUCAAUCCGCACUGUAAUUCCAGUUGUCGUCCACGUGCACUGUCCACGCUUUAACACCUUCAUGGGGGACCAAGACAAUUGGGAUAUAGCCUGCAUUCCUGAUUCCCGUCCAGAAGAAACUGGAGUGCUAUCAGGAAUAUCGGAAGCAAGAUGGUGGAAGGCAAGGAAAGGGCAUAUGGAUGCCUCUUUGAUCAACCGCCUCACAUUCUCCAACCUUCGAUAUCUCUGCUGCUUGUGUUAUAAUUCUCUACGUUCGAUCCUGAUUAUACGGAUCCUACCGAAGCUCGAGAGGUUUGUGAGGUAUUUCUUAGACGGCUUCUUUUGGGUUCCGACUCUGGUGGAAUCGAAAAUCCCAAAUUUCGCCACAAAGCUGACAAAGAUUUUGCGAGGCUUCUGCUUUCAUUGCGUGUUGAAGGACAUCGUGUGAGACAAUCUGUCAUGGCUUCGUCGAGCGGUCGUGACAUUAUGGUUGGCAUGGCUGAUAUCAAGCUGAAACAAAAGGCGAAGAGCAUUUCGGGACCCCCACCAAAUGUUGCUCUCAGGCAAAGGCAAAGGAGCAAGACCCUCUCCUUUCGACGAACGGGUGUCAGUUCUUCAGUAAAAACUGUGACGGAAAAAGCCGAAACAAAGGUGGUAGAUAAGAGUGAAGACGCUAAAAAACGUAUUCGCAACUUCUUUUCUAAGAACUACCUUCUUCAACAUCUCGACCAGGAACAAUCACAAAGGAUAGUCGAAGCAGUGGAAGAAGUUCAUUUCAACGAAGGGGAUGUCAUCAUCCAUCAAGGAGAACCUGGCGAGUUUUUUUAUCUCCUAGAGCAAGGAGCUGCUGAAGUUUGGAUGACGAAGCCGGGAGGGAAAAAGCCAGAGGUGGUGAAACAGUACUCUUCGGGGGACACAUUUGGAGAGCUUGCUCUCCUCUAUAAUGCUCCUCGAGCCGCCACUGUGAAGGCCACGACUGAUUGCGUGCUGUGGGCUAUGGACAGGUCAACUUUUAGGGCUAUUCUCAUGACGACAACUCACGAGAAAAGGAAUUUGUAUGAGAAGUUUUUAAGUGACGUGCCUCUCCUGAAAACUCUUGACAAGUAUGAGAGAUCUUCAAUUGCGGAUGUUUUGGAGCCGGAAUAUUUUUCUCCCCAACAAACAAUUAUAGCUGAAGGAGCGAAGGGAGAUAAAUUUUAUAUGAUUGAAGAGGGAGAAGCAGAAGCAAGGUCACAAGGAAAGGUUAUGAUGCGUUAUAAACGUGGAGACUAUUUUGGAGAGCUGGCUCUGCUUAAUGAUGCUCCUCGUGCUGCUACAGUUACCGCUUUGACAAAAUGCAAAGUUGUUUCCAUAAAUCGUGACCAGUUCAAGAGAUUGUUGGGUAAGCUGGAGGAUAUCCUGCACCGCAAGAAGGAAGUUUAUGACAAGGCAAAUGCAGCCGGUGCUGUUUCACCCUCAGAUGCUCCUAGAGGCGGAAUUGGUGGUGCAGGACCCAGUGGCGCUUAGACUUAUCUGGUCAAGCCACCAAAGUUUAGCUCGACCCACGAGAAAUUCUCUUGUGUGCUGCAAUUCAGGUGUUCUAGCCAUCUUCUGCACAAGUGGGGCAGCUUAAAGAUUUUGACGACAAGAAAUUACUGUGCAAUAUUCCACAGUAAAAUUAAAAAUCGACAUUGAUCCGAUGUGUUGAAUUGGUAGAUUUGAGAAGAGUAGAGAUAGUAUGAAUGGUACACUUUAACUGGCAACAAAAGGUUGCUAUCCAAGAUAUUAAGGUGCCUAUAACUGCAACAGUACAACUAGCGUGUAAUUGUACAUAUCUUAUGAAACUCUUAUCAAUACGAUGGACAUAUUUUUUCAUUAAUCCCUUCUUUAAAGCUUUGGAUAACAGACCACUUAUUUCACAUGUUUUGUGAAAAAGCAGAUAAAUAUGGGUUCAGAAAAGUAAGGAAGAACUAAGGAAAACUGGAUAUAGAUAAAAUCAACGUUGACAUCUUUCAUUGAUAUACUAUUUCAUG